CGACGACGACAGCAGCUGGACACUUACAAAAUAUUGCACUUGGACGGCUGCUGCUUGAUACUGCUGCUGUGUGAGAAGAAGCUAGACCAUGUCAGAGAUUGCUCAAGGUGCAGUGCAUACAGUCGAGCUUGACGGCUGCACAUACAGCUGGUCACAGACCUUGAAAGAAGUCUCCAUCACGGUCCCUGUUCCGCAAGGCACGCGUGGCAAGGACCUUGAUAUCCAAAUCUUGCCCUCUAAACUGAGUGUCAAGCUCAAGGGACAAGUCUUGUUUUCUGGGAGUCUUGCCAAAGAUGUCAAGGUGGACGACUCGACAUGGACGAUUGAUAGCCAGCGCGAGGUACAGAUUCACUUAGAGAAGCUGAAUGGCACGAGCUGGUGGGAGUGUGUCAUCCAGGGACAUGCCAAGAUUGAUACAACCAAGAUCCAGCCGGAGAACAGCAAGCUGGAGGAUCUUGAUGGCGAUACACGCGCCAUGGUCGAGAAGAUGAUGUUUGACCAACGCCAAAAGGAGAUGGGCAAGCCAUCGAGUGACGACCUCAAGAAGCAGGACAUGCUGGCCAAGUUUCAGCGGGAGCAUCCAGAGAUGGACUUUUCAAAGGCCAAGAUGGGAUGAUGGGAUGCUAAGUAUGAUAUGGACGCUGUCGCUGAAAGACAAGAGGAAGAGAUAUGUCGUCGAACAGGAUCGGCCUACCGGAACAGGCGCUUCGGCGGUUUGCUCUGCGGUACAAGGCCCGUCAGCUUGUACUGUCGAUACGCCUCCCGUAGACAAUCAGGCGACACGGGCCCCGUCUCCCCUCGUAGCUUCUGUACUGCUCUUGCACGCUCCACCAGCUCACCAACAAACACCUUGCUCGCACCGGCAAUGACCACAGCGACGUUCUGCGUGACCGACUGAUUCAGAACAUGGUUCGCAAGCCGCUUGACGGCAUUCUUAUUGAGUCCCACACGUCGGAAGACUUCAUAGCGCGCCAUCUGCUGCUCAUCAAAGCUCUCGAGUAGUAUCCGC